AUGUCACUAAUGUCCGGUGCAGCACAGGCUGGUUGGUGUUCAUCUGAUUGGGUUGAUGGAUGGAUGUCAAGUAGAGGCCUUCAGCUCGCYCAUCAAAAGAGCGAGGCCGUAAUGCUGACUAGGAGAUGGGCAUAUACUCCCCCGAACCUGACGAUAGGUGGACACCCAAUAGUGAUAAAUAAGCAGCUGCGGUACCUCGGGGUUAUUCUGGACCAAAGGCUGACGUUUGCAAAACAUGUGGAUACGGUUGCCAAGAAARCCUCACGCUCAGCACUCGCUUUGGCUAGGCUUGUGCCCAACAUAAGCGGUCCAAGCCAAUGGAAGAGGAGGCUUCUCUGUUCGGUGGUAGAAAGCCAGCUGUUGUACGCCGCUCCUGUGUGGAUUAACCCUGUAUCAGCCUCCGCUAGGACCAGGGCUAAUCUCAUUCGACCGCAGAGGUCUGCUGCUCUAAGGGUUAUCCAGGCUUACCGGACGGUGUCAGACGAGGCUUCGCUGUUGUUAGCCGCCAUGCCUCCAGCUGAUCUCUUAGYGAAAGAGAGACUAARAAUUAGGGUCCGGACGCACGCUCUAGCACUUCCUGGGRAUCCACCCCCCCUUUCCAAGGACGCUAUCAAGAGGGAAGAAAGGAGGAUAACGGUCGCUCAGUGGCAAGUUAGAUGGUCUUCCACGACUAAGGCAUCGUGGACAUGGCUAGCGAUCCCGGACAUCGGUAGGUGGCUGGGGAGAACGGUCCCGGAGGUGCCUUUGUCGUAUCACAUGAUCCAGGCACUGACGGACCAUGGUUGCUUCCAGUAUUAG